UAAAUACUCUUUGUUUUUCUGUCUUCCUCCCAUUGCCGCCGCCUUCAACCUCUCCAGCUGCCAUUCAAUACCAAACUCGCGAACCCUUUCUGCAGUUUUGAAAUCUAGACACCUCUUUCUGUAUUCAAAGAAUCAACGUCACUUCAAGAGAAAUCAAGCGCUGUGGUUAUGGAGGAAGGGUACCGUGGGACUAAUGACACUAAACCCAGACGAAGCGUAUCCAAUGAUCGAACAAGCGGUGCCACUUCUUCAUUAAGGAGGCGGUCUUUAAGUUUAUCACAUGUUCGGCCUUCUCAAAUAGAUGAUGACAAUGAAAGUGAAUGUGUGUCAGAGGCAGGAGAUAUUGGCGAUCGGGCUCUUCACAGCAAUAGGCACAGUGAGAUUGGCAGCGUCUGCCUGUUUCCUUCAGAGUAUGUUCAACUGCAAACCUAUGGAUUAUGGGGUCGUGACCCUGCAAUUUCCCCUGUCACUCCCUUGCCAAAGGAAAUCAUAUCUCCUCUUUCCACUGAUGCGAUCAUAUCCGAAGACAAAAAGCCAGAAAAUACAACAAGGUUGCCAAAAUUAUUGGAAUAUGGUUCAUGCAUGACUCAUUUAGCAUUUUUUGGCAUUCUUGGGGUCUUAACGAGAUAUCUUCUGCAAAAAUUGUUUGGCCCUGGAGUUGUUGGUGUAACAAGCGACAAAACCAUUCUCUACCUUGAUCUUCCUUCUAAUAUGGUUGGCUCUUUCUUGAUGGGGUGUUUGGGUGUUGUUUUCAGAGAUAUAUCCUAUGUGUCAGAUUAUUUGGUCAUCGGAUUAACAACUGGUUACUUGGGAAGCCUUACAACUUUUAGUGGUUGGAACCAGAAAAUGCUUGAACUCAGUGUUGAAGGACAUUGGGUUUUUGCUCUGCUCGGCUUUUUGAUAGGUUUGUUUCUUGCGGCCUACUCCAUCAUUUUUGGGGUAGAGACAGCAAAGGGUUUUAGGCAGAUUCUUGAGAGAAGCUCAGUCUGUGGUAUUACCAGCUCUAGAAGGAGGUGGAGGGUUGACAGCUACAAGCGUCACUUGGUAGCUUUAGUAGUGUUGUUGCUGAUGCUAAGUUCUCUGUGGAGCAUAGGUGGAGUACUGUUGAGAGAGGAAUUUAACAGUAGCAGCAGCGAGGCGCAACUAUGGUUGGGUUGCAUAGUUGGACCUUUUGGUGUGUGGAUCCGGUGGUUCUUAGCCCGGCUUAAUGGAUGUGGAUUAGGAAAGACCGGGUUGUUGAAAUGGGUUCCAUUUGGUACUUUAAUUGCCAAUGUUUCUGCAGCUUGUGUAAUGGCAGCCCUGUCUACUGUGAAGAAGGCAGUGAAUACUAAGACUUGCGACAUUGUUGCAACAGGCAUACAAUUUGGAUUUUUGGGUUGCCUUAGUACUGUUUCUACCUUCAUCGCUGAGUUCAACGCGAUGAGAGAAAGCAAAUACCCAUGGAGAGCAUACGCAUAUGCCACAGCUACGAUAUGCACCUCGUUUGGUUUGGGAAUCCUGAUAUAUUGUGUACCUGUUUGGACAAGGGCAUACAAGUAGUAGUAGGGGUGGGUUCGGUACGGUUACCGUACCAAAACCCUCGUACCAAUUACCAUACCAAACUUUCGGUUUGGUAAAAUCUAUUACCAUUACCAUACCAAACUUUCGGUAUAUCGAAGUUCGGUA